AUGCGCCGGGGGAGAAAAAUGAAUAAGAAGUCGUUGCUGGAGCUGUUUGCCACUCACGGCUGUGAGUACAAGCCCGGUGACAACGGCGAUGCCAUUGGACUCGACGGAGGCGCCUCAGCGUGCUUCCACCUCACAGUGUCGUCCAAAACCCUCAAAGACCGCCUCACAGCCGCGCUCACCUCAACCACCAGCAACAGCACAGACGCACCCACGCUCGUAUCCGCCGUCAAGCGGCACAUCCUCGCACCCAAUCCCCAGGACAACGACACAGACACAGACCUGCAGACGGCCUUCCUGCUGCCCUUCUCGGUGGAGGACGCAGUGCUCGAUGCGGUGCAUGUGGACGGGGAGAGUGGGAGAGGGCGGGGAGCGGUGGGGGUGAUGCGGGCCGAGAACGUCUUCGCCGACUACGGCUCGGCGUCGCUCUGCCGCCUGCUGCUGUCCAUUGACACGGGCGGGCUGCAGCGGCUCCUGGCCAAGGCGCUCAUUGAUCUGCUGAACGAGAAGGUGGUGGAUGGCAUGGUUGACGACGCCAUGUGGCUGCCUAGCACGCUGUCGCAGGGGAUGCCACUGGGGAUGGGUAUCGGCGGGAGGGGAUCGGACGCCAACAUUCCUCAGCUGAUACUCAAACAGUUCCGGUGAGCAUGGGAGGGGAAGAGGAGGAGCCAGGCACUGUGUGUAUGUGGGCAUCGUUUGCUGUGUUUGUGUUGUGGGUGUGUAUGGGUGCAUUGCAUGUGUGUAGGUACAUGGAGGGUCGUGUUGAGGGUUUGGUGGAGGGGCUGCUGGACGUAUUCGAACUCGCUGACAACAUGCCAAAAGCAAAGGUGGCGCACUUUCAUCCACACCACCAUCACCACAAUGAACACACCACUCCAUCCUUUCGCCAUCCUGUGUCGGGAUGCAGAGGGAGGUCCUGCGUCUGCUGCCGUCGCUGACCACGCGCGAGGAGGACAGGAGCACGAUGCUCAAGCGGCUGCAGGCCUACCUCGAGAACGACACCAGCAACGGCGGCAAUCUGCAGGAGAUCGACGAUGACGACGACCUUGAUGGGGACGACAUGGGCAGAAACACCGCACGCGCGAGGAAAGCCGCCGACGACAAAGUCGUGUCGGUGCGCAAACAUCCACACCCACCGACACACAGAGAGCCGUUGAUAGGUCGAUACACUGCGGUUAGUGUGGUGGUGUGGUGUGGUGUGGUGUGUAGGCCGACGUAUUGGAGUGUUUGUCGUGCAUGCAUCUAGACGCCCAGACCCGCGAGACCAUCACCGACAUCGCACUGGGCCUUCUCCCAUACCUUCCUGACACAGAAUGGCCGGUGAGUACAGAGAGCACCUCACCCACAGACGCCCCACGGCCCUCUGUACACUCAUUGACGGAUGGAUUUGUGCAGACGUUGAUCCGCUUCCUGGCCAGCCACACCCCGCCCCCCUUUUAUGACGACCUCUACGCCGCCCUCAAGAAGAACCUCGACAUCGCAGGCAUCUUCAAACACGCCAACCAGCCCCCACUCGGUCGCAAGAACAACGGCGGAGGCAAUCGCGGCCGUGAGCGUGACGAAGAAGGCGACGAGCUCAUGGGAGUGGAUGAAGUGGGGGCGGGAGGAGGGGCUGGAGGUGCGGGUGCCGUGGUGGUGGAGGUGCCGGGGUGCAAGUGGAUCACAAAGACCUUCGAUGUGCUCAGGGUUAGUUCUGGGGCAGACAGCAGACAGACAGACACACACACACAGACACACAGACACACAGACACACAGACAGACACACAGACGGACCACCGCAUGCCGUGUGUGUGUUGUGUGCGUCAUCCAUUCAUCCAUCCAUCAGUCGACUCUCCAGGUCAACGCCCCCUUAGCCCGCUUCUUCGCCAAGAAAGUCGCAAAGGUUACAUACACACAACCUCCCCACGCCCACACACCAUCACCCCUUCUACCCCCCCUCUCUCUCUCUGCACAGAUCGCAGGUGCAAGGGUAGCUGACAACAACAACGAUGACGACGACUUCCCUCCCCUCUCGCCCAAGUCGAGCCAUUCGGCAGGUGGCGGCCCCCAGCCACACUCAUUCGCAGGUAAGGCAAUAUCAACACUGCGACAAUGGAAUCGCCUGUGAGACAUCAUCCUUGUGGGCAGAGUUUGAGCUGCUUUUGUUGACCAUUCUCAUGGAGACCAAGGCGGAUGUGGGCGGAGGGGGCAAGAGGGCGUUUGGUGGUGGUGGCAAUGGUGGCAAUGGUGGGAAUGGUGGGUGUCCCACUGCCCAUGAGGUGCUGCUCACGGCGCUUCGAAACGAGAAAGUGAAGCUGCUUAAGGUGAGGAAAAGACCAAAGCGUGCAGGUAGCUACAUCUCUGUGUCGGUCCAUCUUUCUCUCUGUGCGUGUGAAGGUAUUGGAGUUUGUGCGUUCGGCGCCUGUGCCAGUGGUGCGUCUGUUGUCUGGCGGCAUGACCCAGCUGCUCGUGGUGACGACCAAGCACGUGGCCAUGCAGAAUCACUCAGGGGGCUGCGGGGCGUUCCCAUCCUCCAGCAGCAAGACGCAGCACCCACACGCAUUCACCCCACAUGGCAUACGACAGGUGAGCAAGGGUGUCUUUGCCCUCAUCCACACACACCACUCUUUGCCCCUCUCUCUCCGCUCAGCUGCUCAACAUCUAUCUCUCGGUGUUUGACGCCUUCGACAAAUCCCAGAGGAAGCAGCUCAUCAAGAUGCUCCUCGCACAUGUGACUUCCCCCACCCACAGCAAUGCCACAUCGGCAUCAUCGGCAGCAGCAUCGACAGCUGCAUCAGCCAAGCCCGACAAGACACCGGCCAAGGCCACCGCACUGGGCAAAAGGGGCGGCGGCCUGGCGCUGCCUUUGGCUGACCUGGGAUGCGCAGACACCGUUGCCAGCAACUCGCCUGGUAUACAUAUCGCAGACCUUCUCUCUCCACCUCUCCACCUCUCCACCGCACACAAACAAAUUCACAUGUGUGUGUGUUUGUCAGGGUCCCUUCUGGCGUGUCGCCUGUUGGUGGGCCUCUGCGUGCGUCGUUCGCACGAGAUCGACAUCUUCGCCCAGGCGCUGACCAAGGCCGUGGAGGGCACCAGCGAGGCCGCCCUGAUGGAGAUGCUGCUCGUGGGGGUCAGGUGCCUCACACCCGUCAACACGCUGCAGGUACCAGAGAGAGAGAAAGAGAGAGAGAAGGGGAUCUUCUGUUUGUCUUUCCCUUGUGUGUCUGCGUAGAUAUGGGUGCAGAAGCUGUCUUCGCUGAACCGCAUGCAGACGUCAAAGUACACCGGCAUCCUGGCCUACAUGGCCAUCCUGCGGUUAGUCACAUGGACCACCAAACACAACUCGGGAGACCUGUGUGUGCAUCUAUCUAUGUGUGCAGGGAUUUGGGUGAGUAUGAGGUGUCGUUUCGCGAGGAGGAGGGAGGGUUCCCAGUGGAGGAGGCGACACUCAAGCUUCUCAAGGCAGUCGAGUAAGCAAAUCACCACACACCCACACCCACAGAGAGAGAGAGAGAGAGACAUGCACCGUCGUGUAUCACUGCAGGAAGGAUCCCCGGCAGCAGGCCUUCGCAUACGAGUGUCUCGCGGCUGGUCUCGACGCCGGCUAUGUCCCUCCGGCUGUGGGCGAGAUCGUCAAGAACGACGCCAUGGCGGUCAUGGACCAGAGCACCCUCUCCAAGACGCACCACAAGCAGAAGGGGCAGUCGGGCGGCCGCAGGAGCGCCAUGAAUGAGGCCGCCAUGGAGUGCGCUUGGCCAGAUAUGGUUGCAGGUAUAGAGGUUGACAAGGGAAUGAACGGAUGAAUGGAUGGAUGGAUGUCUCUGUCUGUGUGGGUGGUCAUGCAUCGAUCAGAUUUGUAUGUCCGUGUGUUGAGCCGCGAUGUGUAUUCGAGCCCUGAGGCGGUGGUGCAGGCGCGAGACGAGGGCGCGGAGGAGGUCGCCAGGCUGCUGCCAUCACACGCCAUCACCAUAGUCACACGCGCAGCACGGUAGGUGACACAUCCCCCCCACUCCCCGCUCCCCAAUGCCUUUAUCAUGGUGUGUGUGUGGUGUGCAGCAAUCGCUCAAUGGUGUCUCUGCCGUCCGCCCUGCGCGUGUGUGUGUCGGCCAUCCUGGCCAACGAGCGUGCGACGGAGCACAUGGAGCCGGUCGGCCUCGCACACCCAUCACAGGCCUUCAAACAGGACACCAUCGUGCCCUUCAAAGUGGACCACACACACACACACACAGAGAGAGAGAGAGAGAUAGAGAGAUGAUCUGCACACGAGUGUGUCUGUCUGUGUAUGCGUCUCCCACGUGCAGGAGCUGGACACCUACCUCCGUGCCCCCCUGCUGGUCCCCACAUGGGUCUCCAGCGGCGUGGCAGAAGACGACAUGGACGAUGAGGACGAGGGAGAGACAGAGACGGAGGGGCGGCAGGUGGUCGGCCCACGGGUGUUCCUCACCCACAAGUCGCCCUGGCAGUGGGGGGAGUACCACCACUCGCAGCCAUCCAACAAGAAAGACCUCAUCUGCAAAUGGUGGGUAUGAUAAGAGAGGGAGAGAGAGAGAGAGAGAGAGGCCGGGAGAGAGUGUGCGUGUGUCGUGUGUAAUGCAUCAGCUACUUCAUGGCGGCCUGCUGGGCGAGAGAGGUCCUCAACACGCUCGCAUCGGCCUACGACCACUUCCUCAAUCAGCGGGCGGUGUUCCGCGCUAAGAACAAGGCCAGGCAGCGACGGUCGGGUGCGCGUAGUGGUGGUGCUGGUGUGUUCUCGCCGAUGAGGGGGAUGAUGGAGGAGGAUCCCACGGUGGAGGUCAAGAUGCUGCACAGACUGAUGCAACAGUAAGUUGGUUGGUGUGCGUCUGCUGGAGAGUGAGAUGUGUUUGUGUGUGUGUGCGUGGGUGUGUUUGUGUGUGUAGGUACGAGAUGUGUGUGGGGAUAGAGGAGUCCCUCGAGCUGGCCGUCCGGCUCCACCCCGCCUUCAAGCUGCCCUCAUCAGAGCUCCCACCAAACGCACAAGACAUCACCGACAUCAUGCAGGCACGCACCUCUCCAUCCCCUCCUCCCACCCCACACAUAUGGCUAUUCAUUUGUGUGUUUGUGUCGCCAGGGAGGGAGGGAAUCGUUCAGAAGCGCUGCUGGUGGUGCUGGUGGUGGGGGUGCGGCCGCCAAGCCGAAGGCCGCUGCCAAGAAUGGAGGCAAGGGCGGAGGCAAGACAGAGAAGGAACACCAGAUCAAGACAGCAGGUACACACACCCCCAUCCAUCCAUCCAUCCGUCCAUGCCUCCCUCUGCCGGUGUCGGUCCACAGAGCACGUGUUGCGUCAGCUGCCUCCGGUUUCCCCCAAGGUGCUGCACCUGCUGCGCGUCCUCACUUUGCGGCCCAACGAGGACGUCGACAUGGAUGUGCCGAUGCCCGAGCUGUCCCCGCCCACCCUCAUCCGGCUGGUGGCCCUGCUGCGGCACACCAUGCGCCUCACCUUCUACGCGCAGCCCUUCCUGUGUGUGGAUGUGGGCGCAAAGGAGGCCGCCACAGCCAAGGACAGCAAGAAGAAAGACGUAAUCGCAAGGCACCCCACCAUACCACCCACCCACACCCCAUAUAGGUGUGUGUGUGUGUGGAUGUCAGGAUGACGAAGCGUUCGAUCAGGCCCACACACACCGUGCUGUGUACCGGUUUGUGCCGUCGAGUCGCGCGCGAGGAGGCGGCGGGCUGGUGGCGACGCUCGGCGGUGUGGGGAGCCGCGAGCACGAGGCGAGUGUUGUGGGUGAGGGCGGGAUUGGGCUGGUGGAGGUGUCGCUGAUGCUGCUGCGGAAGGUUCUCGGAGAGAGGGUCAACGAACUGCAUCAGUUCAAGGUAAGCCUGCAGGAAUGUGGUAAGUCUUUGCGUGUGGGUGGUGGGUGGAGAGUUUCUGUGCUUGUGUGUGUGUGUCUCUGUCUCUCCUUCGCUGUGUCUCUGUGUGUGUGUGUGUAGGAUACUCAGCUAGCCGAUCGCAAUGAGAACGAGCAAGCAAAGGUGGGUGCAUGGGCACGCGCUUAUUGCAUUGCGUGUGUUGGAUACGCUCGUGUGUUGGUUGUGUGCGCUGCAGGUGUGUGAGUUGUGUGAGGAGCUGGAGAGCAUCCUGCUCGCCUUCGGAGACUUCAUCUACUUCCUACCGACACUCAUACACAUCAAGUGAGAACAUAAGCCAACCAACCCUCCCUCCCCGUCCCCACUCUCUCUCUCUCUUUGAAGGCCCUCUGGCGUCCGGUGUGCAUCCUCAGUGUUAGCCGCCGCCUCCACGGCCAUCCAAGACACCCAACAACAACAACAGCAGCAGCAGCAGCCGGGAGAGGAUGACAUGGAGUGCGAUGGCGACAAUGACGGAGAGGGAGGCGGUGGUGAUGGUGACAACUCCCCCGGCACUCUGCGCAAGUUCAUCGAGGAGAGGGAGGGGCGCCUGGUGGAGGAGAGGCGGCGCUUCGGCCAGCCGUCGAGCAGCAAAGGCAACGACUACAUGCUGCACAACAUUUGGAGGGUCAGUGAGGGAAUCGAUGUAUGUGGGCGGGUCAGAAGAGGAAACACGGAGAAGAGACAGACAGACAGACGGAUAAGCAGCCAAAAUUGAUGUAUGUGUCUGUGUGUGUGUCCGUCUGUGCGUCUGUGUGUGCAGAAGGGUCCAGGCGACGACGCACAGGACCGUGGUGACGACAUGUACGAUGACAAUGACGACGGCCAGGACGACAUGCACCUCGAAUUCGCUCCCCCGAUGCCCCCCUACCCAAACCAGCACCACCACCACCACAACAACAACAACGCUGGCUUCGACGACAUUCCUCUGCUGGCCAAGGAGGAGCGGCGCAUCAGCGAGGCCUAUGCCGACGGCGGUGCGUGGCGGGGCCUGAAGCAGGCCAUGGCGGCCUAUGGGAGGAGUUUGAAGGCGCUGGUGACCAUGGAGGGCUUUCCUUCGCUGAGCGUGACGAUGCUCGCGCAGGACUACCUUGUGCAGGUGAGCUGGUGCAGGGGGGAGAGGGGUGCUCGCCAUUGGAUAUGUUUCUCUUUUUCCUUUUUUCUCUCUCUUUCUGUGUGUGUGGGUGUCAGCUGCUGAAGGUGCAUGCGUUGAUUUCGGCCAGGCUGAGGCGCCACAGCCACAACAACAAUGCUGCCAAGAAGGACGGGGAGGCCAUCAAGACGACGUUGCACGAAGUGACCGACCAACUGCUGUGCCGCGCCUGGAGCCAACUGGACGUCAAGUACAGACCCGCUGUAAGUCUGCCUUUCUGUCUGUCCGUCCGGCGUGAACACGCUGACGUGUGUGAUGUGCAGCUGAUGUUUGAGGCGUUGAAGGUGUCAUUGGAGCACGGCAAGACCACCGCGGCGAACAUGAUCAAGAGGUUCGCCAACAGCGCACUCCCGCAGAUCAGACAGCACUACAGACGCAAAGUCAAAAACGACACAGAAGGAGGAGACAAAGUAAGCCACCCACACACGCCAAGAGAGAGGGGGAGAGAGAGAGAGAGAGAGAGAGGCAUGUGUCUGUGUGUGUGUGUGUGUUGUGUGUUGUGCUUGAUAUGCUAUGUAAGAAGAAGAAAAAGAAGAAGAAGGACAAAGACAACGAUGAGGAGGCCGAGGACUUCCCCGCGCCCAAGGACUUCGAAUGCCUCGACAAACAGAACUUUGCUGCCUUCUACAAGUACAUCCAUACGCACAAGAUAACGCAUACGCAUACACUCCAUGUGUGUGUGUGUGUGUGGCGGACACACAGGGUCAUGUUGGAGCAGGUCAAUAGCGUGUUGCGUGCAGAGGUGGUGCAGCCCCUCAGCGAAUACAUCAAAAAGAAAAGCGCACUGAAAGAGCUCAUCAAAAAAGCGGUAGAGGCAGAGAGAGGGAGGGAGAGAUGACGCACAUCCAUAGGUACUCUGAAUGCAGGCGAAGGAAGAGAGCCUGGCUGAUGAGGAGACCAAGAAGAACACUCCACUCGGUCGCGUCAAGGCCGCCAUCCACCGCACCUGCGCCCUCGUCGACUCGUGGAAAGCCCUCAUCGAGUUCACCAAAUACGACCCCUCAUCGUACCCCUCACACACACGCACACGCACAGAGAGAGAGAGAGAGAUGCAUGAGACACAUGGAUGGAUGGAUGUGUAUAUGUGCAGGACGUUGCUGCGUCACGCCAUGACGGUCGGCCGGCGCACGAUGGAGUCUUUGACCAAGAUAUUGGGUCUGGUGCCGGCCUUGCUGCUGGCCGAGGACUUCCGAGACGACAUCAAAGACAUACUCACGACCAUACGGCGGGUGGGCACUUUACCAGGCCAUCCAUCCACACACACAGACCUACACACACAGACACACACACACACACAGAGAGAGAGAGAGAGAGAGAAGAGCCUUAUACAUACGGCCGUGCUAUCUCUCUGUCUCUCUGUGUGUCUGUAGGUGCUGAACCACUUCGGCAAGAUCCGCGUUGAGGUCAAGGAGCGCAAGCUCACCGCCCUCGACAAGUACCUCGCCCCUCUCGCCCGCGACCACGAGGCACUCCUGUCCAAGCUGCAGCACGAGUUCAGAGAGGACCAGGACACCAACAAACUCAACAAAAAGGGCGCCGCACUCGAGCUCCGUAAGUACGGACGGCUGGGAGGGAGGGAGGGAGGGAGGGAGGGAGAAAGAAAGCCACAUCCCUCUCUCCUGCUGCGACGUCCAUGUAUCGAUCUCAUCCAUGUCUCCCGAUCCCCUCUCUCUCUCUCUGUGUGUGUGUCUGUCUGUGUGUGUGUGUGUGUGUGUGUUGAAUGUCAGGAGCACCGGCGAUGAGGAACAUGCAGAACCAGAAGAUCGACGGCGUGCUCUACGACCUCGACCAAGAAGAUGAUGACAACGACAACAACGAUGACGAGCAGGAAGCAGAAGACGGCCAAAACGAGGACGACGACCGCCCCAAGCAGAAGCACAAACAGCACAAGAAGAACAAGAAGAAGAGACCACGACAGCCAGGUGAGCACGAGGAGGGCGAGGAGGGCGAGGAGGGCGAGGGGGGUGAGGACGACCAGCAGCCAGACGACAACGAUGAAGAGCCCCGGAAGCGCAAGAAGAAACAGAAGAAGAAGAAGGACAAACACCCACAGCAGGAGGAAGACCAAGAGGGAGAGGGGGAGGGGGAGGGUGGCGAGGCAGCAGAUGAAGAGGAGCAGCAAGACCACCGGCACAAGAAGAAGGACAGGGACAAGAACAAGAACAAGAAGAACAAGCCAGCCCCAGCACCCGUUAUCGUCAAGCGUGAGCAUGAUGGAGACGCAGAUGGCGAGGGUGACGGCCACGAUGAUGACGACACGCCACCCGCCCCACAACCCCCCAAGAAGCAAAAGAAACAGCAGCAGCAGCAGCAGCAGGAGGCCGCUGCCAAGGCCAAGCCGAAGCUCCGUCCACAGGGGCUGCAGCGCGACACCGGCCGCCAGUUGCAUGAGUCGAUUGCUCAGCGGUAGAUAGCUCAGCGGUGGAUGGAUGGAUGGUCGGGUAGUGUAGUGUAGCUUUCGUCACAUCACAGCACAUGGGUUCCAGCCAUCCCCCAGUGCGUGAGACAGUUCUCUAUCGGUUCUAUCGGUUGAUUGAAUCCUCGUGUACGUG